ACAGAAAGAUAAUCUCAAGAAGUAUCUGAGCUAGAUUUACUAAGUCGACAAUGGCAGACAACUCUCCAUCCCUCAUUCCCUUCCUCGGUGCCAUGACGGCGUCCCAGAGGGAAGGUGUAAGUGCCUCAGACAAACGCCAUUCAAACAGAGUACAUGGUUAAAAUGCUAACAACAUGAAGCAAAGAUACUCGGCAGGUAACGGCUCAACGGGCUCAUACCCCAACGUCGGUGAUACGGAGUCUCCCUAUCCCCAGUCCUACCAUACCCAGACACCCACUCGAUCCAUCCACAUCGACUUUACCGGCUGGCCACAGAGAGUACUCGGAAUCACCGAAGGCAGCCCCAGCGGCGCAGUCAUCUACCGUCUGGAUUUGACACAGAACCGACAGAUGAAAUUCUGUAGUGCAAGAACAUCCAACAGCCCGCUCGCAACCGCCACCAGUCGAGGAAGUACUAGCCUCGACGUGACCAUCGACGGGCAGAGAGUUGCCGUGGACAUCAAGACCAGACUCAGAAAGGAGGGGCAGUACCGGUCACCGACCUUGCAAAAUUCCCCUUUGACCUGGAAGAGCCGGAGUAUGAAGGUGGUCGACUUUGAGCUGCGGGAUGGGAACGGAACCCUGCUGGCCCAGUUUAACCCUCACCCUUCGUGGUCUCGACGCAAGGCAGGUCGUCUGGAUCUCUUCGGCCCCAGUGUCAGCGGCGGCCGGCUGAUGGAGGAGAUUAUGGUGACGGGGCUCUCUUUGGUCCAUUCAACCGACAUUCAACUUGAGGCGGCAGCAGCAGGGGCAUCUUCGUGAAUUGCUUUUGUUAGACUUAUAGAGUGAGACAGUGUUCGUUCGAGUAUGUUGGAAUUUGGCGAAAUUGUAUUCGGCGUUGGAACGUCGAGGGUCUUCUAUAUUUGGGUCUUUGAGUGGCGUUCAGGGAGACACUGUUGAUUUGUACUGUUGCACAUACUGUAGAUCGUCAGCGGGAAUACGAGAAACAUUUAUGCAGUUAUGCUAUCAGGCCGCCCGGACGGGAAACCGUAGUGCUGGGUGCCUAUAAGAUACCAGGAGAAGAGGCGAGUUCA